AUGGCUGAUGCUCCAUCCGAAUUGCCUGCCUCCAUGGAGGAAACACUGGAAUCGAUCGACGCCCAAAUCGCAGUGCUCCUGGAGCAAGUUCGCCAGUUGAGAAGUAAACGUAACAACAUCACACGUAUUUCCCAUAUCCCCGACGAGCUUCUAUGCAAAAUAUUUAUGGAAGUCAAGGGUGAGAGGACGACUUCCUAUCCUACCCUCCAGUGGAUAUGGGUCACCCACGUCUGUCGUCGCUGGAGAAAUGCCGCCAUUGGCUUUCAAGAUCUGUGGUCGGACCUGGAUUCAAGGGUCGGGCUCCCAUGGCUAAAGGUCAUAUCUGCCAGGUCGAAAGAUGUCCCGAUUUCCUGUAUUGUCGCUUCCUCUGGUCGGAAAAUCAUUGACUUCCUCUCCCCGACGGUCCAAGAGUUGGGUAGGAUAACCAGGCUAAUCCUCCAAACCAACCUCAUCGCCGCCAAUGGCUUGCUUCGAGGAGCAAAAGGCCCGGCCUCGCUCCUCGAAAGCCUUACGCUCGACCAUAUCGGCAUGAACCACGCUACACUACCACCUGCUUUCCUAGAUAUUGACGCCCCUCAGCUCAAGCGGAUAGCGCUCAUCCGAUGCAGCCCUAGUAGGCAAUGGGAUACGAAUAUCAUGAAGAACGCAACCCACAUUUACCUCACUGAAACUCGCUUCCAUCCCGUGUUCGACUUCCUUGAAGGCCUUGCCGGGCUGCGCAAUUUAGUAGAACUGAAGCUAACAAAGCUGACCCUCGACGCCGAUACCGCGGCUGGAGAAACCAAGGUUGUCACCUUCCCGUUUCUGAAGAAACUCCACCUCCAUGACCACAUCGUAUAUUGCGCCUACAUCUUAAAGCAUUGUCGCCUGACACGCUCGACAGAACUGCAGUUGGACUUCAACACUUCCGAAGAUAAUGCUCUGGAGCUCCUCCGCUCAGUGCUCUCCGAGCUGUGGAUGGACGAGCUUCCAUUGCCCAAUUCCGCCACAUCCCCGGCACCCCAGGCACUUCGUCUGCACCUCGAUCGAUACUACGACGAGACCAAGUUCAUAUUUUCAGGAUGGAAUGAAAUCUCGCGCCAAACUCUCCAGCCCUCAGAAGCCCCUUCAUUCACCAUCAUCUUCUCGCUCCAUGUGAUGCCGACAGACCACAUCUCAGAGAUUAUUCACCGCAUCGUGCGCCUCCUCGGAUGGGAAGAUGUCUGUUCUCUGGUGCUGCCCGACCAACUCACAGCGGACCCGUUUAAGGAUUGGUCGACCGUCUCAGUUUGGUUCCCCAAACUGCAGUCCAUCGACCUUGGUCAUAUGACGAGGACGUCCUUCAUGGAGUGGCUCCUUUCAGACCCUCUCUUGGAAUUGAUCGAGGAACCAACCCACGAUGAGCCGGAGACGUCGCAGGCGACCAUGCAUGUAGUGCAUGUCAUGCAGCGAUCGUGGCCGGUGGCGCCCCAGAGGCGAACGUCGUGGAGCCUGGGACGGAGGACAAUGUACCAGCGCCAGAUGCAGAGGCAAUUGCUACGGACGCUGAUGCACAGACGGCCGAAGGGGACAGUCCUCCUCCCACCCUCCGUUUCCCGACACUCGAGCAAAUCGUCUGCCGCAAUGGCUACAUUUUCAAUGACCCAUAUCGCCGAGCCCUGUUCCUGA